AGGUAUGAAUUCCAAGGCCAAGUGAACCCAGGACCUUUCCCUCUCUACAGAAAUACCAAAUGUCAUGUCACUGAUGUUCUCGGGAACAGACUCAAUGCCACAGAGAUCUGUGAAAAACAGUUUCAAAGUCUACAAGGUCAAGUUUAUCACUUCCAAGAUGUGCUGUAUCAAAUACGGGGGGAGAAUAAGACAAUCAGAGAGCCCCUCACUCUGCAGUCCAUUGUGUGUGGCUGGUAUACAGAUGAUCGAUUCAGGGGAUCCUGGAAGGUAAGCCUCAAUGGAAGCAACAUGUUCCAUGGUGACACUAAGAAAGGGUUUCAAAUCUAUUCUGGAACCACCUGGACAGAAGAGAUGUUGGAGAAACUCGGAAAUCUAAAUGACUUCUUAAAAAGGACAUCACAAGGUGAAUUCAAGAACAACCUUAAGGAGUCUAAGUUGUACUGUGGAAAAAACCUGGAGCCUACAGGUACAACCACUGCUGCAGAUGUGGACCAGCCUCCAUCCAUGGAAUGCAUGCCCAACCCCUCUGUCCUGCUGAUAAUGCUCAGCUGCUUCCUUCUGGAUGUUUUCUGA